CGACACUCGAUCGUCCCUGCAGCCCCACAGAGCGAAAAGCAGCUCUGUCCCUACAUACAGCACUAAAGCAGCAACAAUGGUCAGCGUCCGUAGCGUAUUCGCCUUUGCCUCGAUGGCCCUAGUGGCGACCGUGAGCGCGUUCCCGGCAGACGAUCACCACCGUACUCUACAGGCUGUGAACUUCCGUCAGGACUUGCUGGACAACAUCAAUGCGGCCCGGAAGAAGGAAGGGUUGGACGAGUUGUGCCUUAACGAGAUGCUCAUGGACGCGGCGCAGAUCCAGUCGAACGACAUGGCCGACAACAACUUCAUCAAGAGCACAGGUUCGGACGGAUCCGUGCCUAAGGAGCGUGCCGCGGAGCAGGGUUUCAAGGCCGAGACGGUGACGGAAAUCGUCGGUGCCGGUUACAGGACGGCGGCGAGUGUCGUCGCCGCGUGGAGCAAGGCUGCGAGUGCCAAGAGCACCAUCUUCGGCAAGGUGAAUGUUAUGGGCCCGGGCUACACAUUCGACAAGACACGGAAGUACGUGCACUUCUGGGCUGUGGACUUUUCUACGGGCGAAUGCGGCAACGGAACCGCUACGGGUGGACCUGCAGCUAGUGGCGACUCCAGUGGCAACGUCGAGCUUCCUUCAAGUGGUAGCGACGACCCUAAGAGCAGCGACGCCAGUGGUAGCGUUGAGGCUCCUGAAAGCGGAAGCGGUGCUCCGGCACCGGCUGGUAGUGGUGCAGACACCCCUGCCGUCACUCCGGCACCGGCCGGUAGUGGAGAUGAAACUCCGGCCAGCGGAUCAGAUGAUCCUCCUGCUGCCACGCCGGCACCUGCCGGCAGUGACGCCGAGACUCCGGCCAGCGGAUCUGAUGACGAAGAACCUGCUGCUACUCCCGCUCCUGCCGGCAGUGGAGGCGAGACCCCGGCCGCCCCUGCUGCUGCUCCUGCUCCUGGUGCCGCUCCAGCUGCUGCCCCUGGUGCCGCUCCUGCCACCCCCGCUGCCGCUCCUGCUCCGGCUCCGGCAAGUGGAUCAGGUGAUGAGCCGGCUGCAACGCCAGCUCCGGCUGAAGAGGAGCCCGAAACACCUCAGUAAGAUCCUAACAUGGUUAUAUCGAGAUAUGGCGUGUGGUAGCUCCGUAGUGUUUCGUCGUAAAAUUCAUAAUGCUAGAUGCCUUCAAUAUCGCUGCUUGUACCUGAAUCCAGCGACGUAUGAACACGGUGUCCCUCCUGUC